UGGAAUUUUAAGCUUAGGGUUUUGUAUUUGUUUGAAAGAAAAUGGCGGCGAAAGUGGUGGUGGGGUGGAAGAGCAAUUGGGAGCUUCAUCAUCAGAAUCCACGAAAAAGAGAUAAAAGGGAAAUCUGUGUAAUUCUGAACAAGUCAAGGGCUAUUUCCGUAAUCCUCCUCAACACCAAGAGCAGAAGCAGUCUUCGUCUUCGUAUGAAAAUGCUUGAAAUUUUCGCUGUUGCACGUCGUUCUUGCCGUUCGAAGGACUGUACACUCGUUGACGAAGGGAAAGAGGAAUAGCAACGAGUCCAUCAUCCCCCUGAUUCGACCCCCAGAUUUCCUUUUCACUCCGACCACCUGAUUUUGCUUUCUCCGCCGAGGCAUGUUCGACGGCAAGGAUCUCGCCUCCGAUGGCGAGAACUCUCGGACCAAGGGUAUUGGUUCUCGGGAGGACUCGAAAUUUGCCGGAAUCGGGCAUUCGGGCUCUCAAGAACUCACUCUUAGCUACCUUUGUGAGAAUUCGAAACUGGGUUCUCCUGGUUUUGCGGCUUCCUUCGACAAAGGUAAUUACAAAGGUAAAGAAGUUUUGUUUUCUGAGAAUUGUAACGAUGAUGAUAAAUGGGUUGAGAGGGAUUUCUUGAAUUUGAACUCGAAUAGGGGAAAUCAGUCUAAGCGGGAGGUUGAGGAGGAGAUUGAUAGGGGGGAGAAUCGGGGAAAGAAGCCCAAACUUGAAACUCUUAAUCUUUCUUUAGCUUUGCCUGAAGUUUCACUCUCUCUUACUGCUUCGAAUGCCUUGCAAAAUGAAGAUCCUCCCCCUGUUCCGUCCAAGCCCUGUAGGAGCCUCCAAUCUUUGGCCCCUUCAAUGAACAACACCCAAACUACCUGUUCUAACGAUUUCACCGCUGCUUCGCUUUCCUAUUCCUACUCCCACCAGUUUUCUCACAACCCCAGUUGCUCUUUGACCCGAAAUUCGACUGAGAAUUUCGAGUAUUCUGUUGGGAGAGACGACCAUAUUUGGAACUGUGGAGAGGGAACUAAUGGGUCUGUUCAUAGCAGGUUCAAACCACUAGGGGAUGGAGUUGCCUUGUCAAAUCAUGGAGGUGGGCUUAAUUCUUUGUCGCAGGGGAAUCGCCCUUCCAAUAAGGAGGCAUGUAAUACCUCCAAUGAUCACUCGUUUUUUCCGUCUGAGCUUCUGGCACGACCGAGAAUGGAGGUGAAGUCGGGGAAUUCAAUUGGAAGGAGAUCCGAAAAUUUGGAGAGGGUAGAGGGUAGUUCUAGGCCGGAGAGAAUUCUUCGUGAAGUCGUGUCGGAGUCUAUCUCAGUCAUGUCUCAAAUAGUUCAGGAGCUUCCUGAUGAAACACUUGCAUCAGUCAAAGAUUACUUGAAAGAUGUAAUUGCUAUGCCUGAUAAGAGAGACGAGUUAUCAUCUCUCCAAAAGCGUCUAGAGCGGCGAUCCGAUCUCAAUAAGGAAGCUCUCUCAAAGUGUCACAAAGCACAGCUUGAGAUUCUAGUUGCAGUGAAGAUGGGGCUUGUGAGUUUCAUCUCUGGGAAAAGCAGGUGCUCCAUUGCAGAGCUUGUGGACAUUUUAUUGUUUCUGAAAUGCAGGAACUGCAAGAGUGUAAUCCCGGUUGAUGAUUGUGACUGCAAAAUCUGCUCAGCCAACAAAGGAUUUUGCAGCUCAUGUAUGUGUCCCAUCUGUUUGAACUUCGAUUGUGCAAACAAUACUUGUAGUUGGGUUGGCUGUGAUGUCUGCUCCCAUUGGUGCCAUGCUGCUUGUGGGAUUGAGAAGAAUCUCAUCAGGCCUGGUCCGAGCCUGAAAGGUCCAUCGGGGACGACCGAGAUGCAGUUCCAUUGCAUUGCUUGUAAUCAUGCUUCAGAGAUGUUUGGAUUUGUGAAGGAUGUUUUUGUGUACUGUGCUAAGAAUUGGGGUGUAGAAACCUUGAUGAAGGAGCUUGAGUGUGUGAAGAGGAUCUUCAUUGGAAGUGAUGACUACAAAGGCAAGGAUUUGUAUAUUAAAGCAGCUCAGAUUCUUGCCAAGCUUGAAAGGAAAGCACUUGCUCCUUGGGAGGCCUGCAAUAUCAUUCUUGAUUACUUCAAUUAUGGCACAUCGGAGAUUUCAACGUCUGGGGUAUUCUCCGAGAAAUUGGGAACAACCAAUACAAGCAGCCUGUCGAAAGAUGGGACGUCUCUUCCUCAAACCGGCUCCCUACCUUCAUCAUACGUGAUGCAGAAAAAUACCCCAUCUAGGCCACAUCGUGACUUGAUUUCUAGUGAUCUUCGACGCAACGAUCUCAAAGUCUCCAUCGCCAGCGACUUGAAUAUAGACGAUCAGUUCCAAUUUGGGACGUUGACGAAGAAAGAGGGACUUGAAAGCUUGGAAAGCAUUGUAAGAAUUAAGAAUGCGGAGGCGGGAAUGUUUCAGAACAAGGCGGAUGAGGCACGGAGGGAGGCUGAACGACUGAGACAAAUAAUCAAUGCGAAGUCGGAGAAACUGGACGAAGACUAUGCGGAGAAGAUCGGGAAGCUGUGCUUGAAAGAGGCGGAAGAUAGGCGGAGGAAGAAGGCGGAGGAGGUGAAGGUAUUGGAGAACUCUCAAAUAGAUUAUUACAACAUGAAGAAGAGAAUGCAGAAGGAGAUCGCAGGGUUGUUGGAGAGGAUGGAAGUGACCAAAAAGCAAGUAGUGUGAAGGUGGGUGAGUGGGUAUUGUGCUAUUUCUAACUUCAUUUUUUGUGGACUGUCUUAACAAUUAUAUUUCUGCAAUGGGUUAUGUUUGUUUAUUAUUUAAGAUCCAAA